UGCAUUAUUGGCAGCUUCGGUAUACCAUGGAAGGAUGACCAGUGAAAAACGAAUGCUCCCUCGAGAUGAGUCUCGAAGCGAUGCUCACUCAGACCGGAGUCACGGACACACCUGACCAGCAUCACCGAAUCACUCCGUCCACAUCGCAUCUCUCCACCCAACGCCUACUCGUACACCCACGCCCCCCGCACCUGCACCACCACUCAUCCUCCCUCACGUGUUCAAUUCAGCAUAGUCAUACCACUCAUCAACAACAGCAUUAACAAGCACAUGCUUCCCUUUCACCAACCAACCAACCUAAACGCACUAUAGCACGUGAGACCUGCACCCCUCGCUACCAGCCACACACUACCAAGGCCAUCUACCAACCAAACAGUCACUGACUGCUGCAAAGCCUUUGCCCAGCAGCGUGUGUAUAGUAGACGCAACAAUCAGCACAUCCAGCGUAUGCGAGUCUUACCCUCCCUGUACAGGUACAUGUACAUACACCCCCGGGCAUACGCUCGCUCUCCACGUGCCGCACCUUACCAUCCCAAAUCCCAAUCCCAAUCCGCCCUACCCGCUCCUCCCACCUGCCCGCCGUACGACCGACUGACUCCCCAAGCCGCGCCCAGCGCGUCUGUAGGCAAGGCAAGACUAGAAGCGCACGGCAGACACACACUACCGGCGCGGCCCGCUCUUGGGCUCGACCGCCUGAGCGCGCCUUUGUACUUGCACGUGCGUGUGUACCUAAGAGUAAGCGGCCUUGCUGGUCUCGGCCGGGAAUUCUUUCUACACAUGUACAGGACACGCGAUGUGGGGUGUCUGCCACCGCACGUAGAGUGCGUGAGGCAGGGAGAUGCUUACCGCAGAGAGCGGCACCACUGCCUCCUCUACACUGCACUUGAAUCAAAGGUCUCAGGGUCUGGAUGCGUAUGUUUCGGCAUGGGUUUCAGGCCCAGACGCGUUGGCCCUGCUCGCGCUGGGAGAUACCUGCCUACGCUGCGGCCGUGGAGUCGAGUCGAGUGGCGGCUGUCCCACGUACACGUGUGAGGCACAGGCAGGGCUAGCAGCUUUGGUACGCAGGCGAACCUGCGUGCGCGCACUUCCUCGGAAAAGAUCGGCACGGGUGGCAUUCUAGAUCGCUGUGGGGAUUUUUUUUCGCUGUUGCUGGGUGCUGUGAGUGGUGUGUAGGGGAGUUGUUGGGGUGGGCAACACAUGCUCGGGAGGAUGCCGA